AUGAGCCAGUUCUUCACACCAAAUUCGAUCACUCUUCACAUAGUGAUAGAUGCAGCAGCGCAGGCAGGUCUUGUGCCAGAGACAGAGGCCUUGGUACUUGGCCUGCAGCAUUGCAGAAUGCCACCGUCCAUCGAGAGCUAUGGCAGCCUCAUACAUGCGUAUGCAAAGACCAGUCAAGCGGCAGAAGCUCUUAGCGUCCUUCAGCGGAUGCAGCAGAUGCAGAUGAAACCAAAUCGAAUCAGCUACAGCGCAGCCAUUGAUGCCUGUAGCAGAGCAGGACAGCCUGAAGCUGCCAUCAAAGUACUUCACUACAUGGAGGGUCAAAACAUCUCUCCAGAUUUGGUGGCCCUCUCUUGCAUUGUCAAUGCCUUUUCUCAGCUUGGCAAGGCGGCAGACGCUGCCAAGUGGCUUCAGAAAGCAGAUGAGCUCGGGCUGAAGCCGAAUGUCAUUACUUACAACAGUGUCAUUCAUGCCUGCGCACGAGUCGGGAUCUUCGUUUGUGCCCGGUCGGCAAAGACUUAUGAAGCUGCUGAAUGGCUCCGACGUGCGAAGGUGAGUGAGAUUCCACUAGAUAGCGGGCCUUACAAUGCUAUGAUCUCAUCUGCAGCACAGUCUCGUGAGCCUGACUUGGCACUUGGAUACCUUGAGGAGAUGAUGGCUGCAUUUCUCCAGCCGAACAUCAUGACGUACACCAACAUCAUUCAUGCCUUUUCGAAAGCCUCAAAGCAUCGAGAAGCCAUUGAAUGGCUGAAUAUCAUGGCAGAUGCUCAGCACUCGCCAAACGUUCUGUCUUAUACAUGCGCCAUCGAGGCCUGUCUGCGGACAAAUGCUUGGGAUGAGGUUUUGGGCCUCCUUCAGCGCAUGCAACUGAAAGGUGUGCGCGCAGACUCUGUGCUUGUGGGGAAGUUGAAGAACACCUAUCUUCCAGCAGAUUUAUCCAUGCGGUAUGUUCCUCAGGAAGAUGUGCCAAUUGAGAUGGAGGCUCUGAAUGGCUUGGAGGAGUUGUUAUUUCAACGUCCAGCACUUUCGGACCUGAUCCAGGCCACUUCAGCUCUUGAAGAAGAGGGCAUGUGCUUCUCGGAUUUGUUCCAAAGAUUCUUCGGCUCUGGAAGAUGCUUGGUGGAGGGCCUAAUCGUGGGAAACUUGGACUGGGCUGACGCAAUCCAGCUGUUGAAUGCAACCUUGGGUCCUUGGAGAGAUGUUUGGCACCAGGAGGCCGUCUUGGAGCCCUGCGACAGAUUAUGCAAUGUUCCGUCUCCUGUGGAAAUGCUUUUGCCUCGCUCAAGACUUGGCCGUGAUCUUCUGACUAUCGUGCAGCUGGACGGCAAGAAUUCUGAAGAUCGGAACAGCUGCUCAGUGGAGAGCCUUUGCAACAUUGCAACAUCCACACCUGAGAAUGAAGCUUUGGCAGCGCUGUUAAUGCAGAUUUGGAAGUCCAUGUUUUACAAUGAAUUGCGAACGCGACAGCAGCUGGGCUACGUAGUGUCAAGCUUUAUGCGAACGCGUGUCACUCACAUAUCUUUGAUUUUCUUGGUGCAAACUGAACGGGCUCCAGAGGUGGCUUUGAAAAGCAUUGACCGAUUCUUGGAUCAUGCAUGUCACCAUAUCCUGUCAGUCCUGACAGAGAGAGAGUUUCAUGAGCACUGUGAAAGCCUGGCCUUGCAGUUGGAAGAGCCACCUCAGAAUAUCUGGGAAGCGCUGAGCCAAGAUUGGCUCUUCAUUCAGGAACGGAGCUUUGCAUUCAGAAGCCGGAAGCAGCAGGUGACCCUUUUGCGAAGUUGCACUUUGCAGCGCCUUCGAGACUUUGUCAAAAACGAGGUGAACAACUCACCUCGUCUUGCAGUCCUGCUCCGUAGUCCAAGAGCAAGUUGGGAUCGUUUGCAGUGGAGCGGACAAGCCAGAAUACUGACAAAGUGGGAAUUGGCCUCGUACAAAAACGAGCUCAUCCCAAGUUCUGGGAAUAGCAUUUUUGGCAAAGCUCCAAAAAACUCACAGCCUCCUGUAACAAAGGAUUCUGAGACUCCAGCUGAAACAGCACCUGUGAAGGAGUUUGCAAUUGAGGAGGGCGAAGAAUGCAAAGUUCAAUAA